CCCGGCGCCGCCAGUCUCGCGCCAACCAUGCCCGCCCACACCGUCUCGCGUGCUCUCGCAGCCUUCUUGCUCUGCGGAGCCGUGGUCAGCGCCGCCCCCGAGCCGGAGUUACGUGGUUGUAGAGUAGCUGCGCGCACGCAGGGCGGAUGGGUGUGCGGCGCGCGCCGCAUCGACGCGGCCGGUGCGCCCUACGCCAGCUUCCGCGGCGUGCCCUACGCCAAGCAGCCGCUGGGCGAGCUGCGGUUUCAGGAGCUCCAACAAGUAGACAGCUGGGCUGGCGUGCUGAACGCGACGGCUGAAGGCCCCGUGUGCCCGCAGUCGGACGUGGUGUACCAGGGCCUGCAGACGCACGCGGGCGGCAUGAGCGAGGCGUGCAUCCACGCCAGCGUGCACGCGCCGCUGGCCGCGCUGCCGCCGCCCUCGGCUUCUGAUGACGUCGUCGCCAACCGCUCCGGCCUCCCGAUCCUCGUGUUCAUCCACGGCGGCGGGUUCGCGUUCGGCUCCGGCGACGCAGACCUCUACGGCCCGGAGUACCUGGUCAGCAAGGGUGUCAUCGUCAUCACCUUCAACUACAGAUUGAACGUGUUCGGGUUCCUAUCGCUGGGUUCGGCCAGCGUGCCCGGCAACAACGGGCUGCGCGACUGCGUGACGCUGCUGCGCUGGGUGCGCGCCAACGCGCGGCGCUUCGGCGGCGACCCCGCGCGCGUCACGCUGGCGGGGCAGAGCGCCGGCGCUGCGCUGGCCCAUCUACUCGCGCUGUCGCCCGCCGCCAAGGGACUGUUCCAAAGGGUCGCGUUGCUCAGCGGCACCGGCAACAGCGAGUUCUUCAGCACGUCGCCGGCGUUCGCGCAGCUCGCCGCCGGCUUACUGCUCGGCAAGCUCGGCGUGCCCGCGGAGCCCGAGGCGGCGCACCGGCGGCUGGUGGCGGCGCCGCUGCCGGCGCUGAUGGCCGCACACAGCGAGCUGCUGGAGCUGUUCGGGCUGUCGGUGUUCGCGCCGGUGGUGGAGGCGCCGCAUCCUGGCGUCAUCGUGCUGGACGAGGAUCCUGAUGUCUUGAUCGCGAAAGGCCGCGGCCGAGACAUCCCGCACUUGAUUGGUUUCACCAGCGCCGAGUGCGAGACUUUCCGCCCGCGGCUACGGGACAUCAAUAUAGAGAAGAUGAUUGCGGGCACGGAGGCGGUUCUCCUGACACCAAAGCUGACGUACCAGACGCCGCCCGCCACCGCGCCGUCGCUCAUCGCGGCGAUCCAGCGCGAAUACUUCAACGAGUCCAUCUCCAUCGAGCGCUUCAUCGCGUACUGCUCGGACGCGUACUACGCCUACCCCGCGAUGAAGCUCGCCGAGCGCCGCGCCGCCGCGGGCCGCACCUACCUGUAUCGCUUCGCGUACCCCGGCCAGAGGAGCCCGGUCAAGGAGGCGCUGCAGCUCAACUUUACGGGCGCAGGCCACAUCGAAGACAUGACGUACGUGUUCCGCGCCAACGCGGUGCUGGGCCCGCCGGCGGCGCGCGAACUAGGCGCUGGAAGCAGCGACAGUGAGGUGCGCGCGCGAAUGACCGACUACCUCGUCAACUUCAUGCGGGACAGCGAGCCGGCAUCAGCGUGCAGCUGGCCCGAGGUUACCCAGCCGCUGCAACUGAAUGACAUAUCGGCGCCCGGCGCGGAGCCGGCGCGCGCUCUGACCGAGGAGCAGGCGCGCGUGCUCGCCUUCUUCGACGGGCUGCACCGCGCCGCCGCGAACUGACGCUAUGUGGCGACGAGCAUCCACGCUCUGCGUUGGCGACGAGACAAGCUGAACUACUGCCCUAUUUUGGGACUGACUCGUGUAUUCGUACCACCGGUGUUAAAUCAUAACGUGAACAACUUUGAUAGAGUAAGCAAAUCAUAGGGUUGAAACGACACCUCACGUCAUAACUGAUUAACUGUAUUGUAAAAGUGU